CAAAGAUGGAGCAAAAAAUUAUACUGAUGAUGAAACAUGUAAUAGUGUUAAUAUUAGUCAAGAUAAGGUGUUUGAACUAAUUCAAACAUUUGAUAGUGGUGCUUUACCAGACGAUAUACUUUUAAUAAUUUCAAGUUCUCAAUUUUCAAAUGAUCACCCAAUACAGCGAUGUGCCAAUGUGAAUAGUAGCAACAAACAAACUCAUUUUGUUAAUUAUAAGGAUACUGAAAUAUCUGGCGCACAAAUAAUCUCUGAACAAAAUGACAUAGCUGAUGAUCAGAUGAGAGACAGAGAAAACCAAGAAUUAAUUAAUAUAAGUGAUUUUAAUUCUAACAAAAAGCGUCACCUUCAAGCUCUUCAAGAU